AUGCAGCUGUUCGACGAUCUCACCGAAGACGACGUUGGCCUCUACAGUAAGGACGAGAAGUGCGUCUUCCAAAACUGCUUUGUCAAGGACAUAAACAGGAAGCUGAAGCAGGUCAAGACGGAACGAAAUCAAUAUUUGGCUGCGGAGAAGAGGGACAAACUCAAAAUUUGGCUUCAUCCGACUCUCAAUGCCAAUAUUGACCUCGACGAUCGAUGGGAUCCACCUGCUGAUGUUCGUGCUACCACUAAAGUGUAUUCGGCUUCACAAAUGAAGACUCAGGAGAAGAAGAUGGUCACCAAGUACAAUUUGAACCCGAAAAUGGAUCCGCGGUUUGAAAGUGGAUAUUACUCAAAGUUCUUCUAUCGACAGAGGGCAGUUUCACCAAGAAAAUAUCCCGAUAUACACCAUCAGUAAGUUUUUAUUUAAAAAAUGGCUAGCCAAUGUUCUCUUUAUUUUUUUGUAAUUUUUUUAAAUUUUGGUUUAAAAAUUCAUUUUUUAAUUUUGAAACAUUUUGUAAAUUUGAGUUUCGAUUUUUAAAUUAAAAAUUUUUUUUAAAUUUUAAAUAUCUUGUUUUAUAUUACUUAAGAUCCUUCUUUAAGUUGCAUCUUAAUGAAGAACGACGUCCAAAUUUGUCGCUAUGACGACUGUGAAUACGCUGACACUGCAGUCGCGAUCAUAAGGAUGGAACUUUCGUGGAAAUAG